AUGAUUUGGGAUGUGAUCGUCGUAGGAGGCGGCCUCGCCGGGUCAGUCAUUUCCAACCGCCUUGCGGGGUACCGUCCAGAGCUCAAGAUCCUCGUUGUGGAAGCUGGACCCAACGCCAACGAUCGGCAAGAUAUCGUUUGGCCCAACUCCACAAACACUAUUGGCGGAGAUUUCGACUGGAAGCUCGCUUCCGUUCCCCAGGUGCACGUGGAUAACCGGUUCAUCACCCUCGCCCAAGGAAAGGCUCUGGGCGGCGGAACUGUCAUCAAUAUGGGUACGGCCCUCCUUCUUCAGGGUAUUGAGCUAGCGAACGGAACCCAUAUUUUAGGUCGGCAGACUAUUCUCUCAGCCGGUGCAGUUCAUACUCCGCAGCUUUUGAUGCUCUCAGGCGUAGGACCCCGUGAUGAGCUUGAAGCGGUGGGCGUUGACGUAAAGCUUGAUGCUCCUGAAGUUGGCAAGAACUAUGCCGAUCACUUCCUGUCGCCGUCAUCCUGGAAUGUCAAGAACCCUGAGGAAGGCUGGGCGGUAGGAUCUCCCGCAUUUCCGACAGCGCAACAGUACAGCUGGGGAACCGCCACAGACUUCAUCGUCUGCUCCAGUGUAUCAGAAGAGGGACUCGCCAAAGCUAUCGAAGAAGAUGAGGGUGUCGCACCCGGCCCCGAUCAUCCUCUCUUGAAGCAAAAACGUACCUUCUUCGAACACUUCUUCCUCUACUCUGGGUCUGCCGACGGGUCAAAAGUCGCAAUCUCCGGCAUCUUCAUCUUGCCGACUUCGCGGGGCUCUAUCAAGCUUGCGUCUGGAAACAUUACCGACUCACCCUUGAUCGACCCGAAUUAUCUCGCGACUGCCGUCGAUCGCUACAUCGUACGUGAGGGUAUUCGUCAGGAAAUUGCUUUUGCUGGCAGCGACAAAACAGUCCUUGGUCGUGAGAUUCUGAACGGUGAAGCAGCUCCGGCGGGGUUUGACGAACCGUACACUGUGAACUCGACUGAUGAGUACAUCGACGCAAGGAUUCGUGCUGCUGCUCGGUCUGUUCAUCAUCCGAUGGGCUCAACAGCAAUGGGAAAGGUAGUUGAUGGCGAUCUGAAGGUCAAAGGGGUACGGGGUCUGCGUGUUGUGGAUGCAUCAGUCUUCCCGGUCGUUAUCUCUGCUCAUCUUCAAGUGGCCACAUUUGCUCUUGCCGAGCAGGCUGCCGAAAUCAUCGCCAAAGACUAUUGA